AUGACUUCAGCCUCACCCAAAAGGAAGCGGGGCCCCGCUCUCCCCCUCGACACCAAACACCCUUCUACUCGCCUACUGCAUGAGGAUGAAUAUGAACCUGGAGAUGCAAGCCCUCGCACGAAAGUCAGCAGGAAGUUUGGGGAGUUGGCUAUUGAUGGAGGCUCUGGUCUUAAGAACGUCGAUGAAGCGUCAUUCUCCCAAUUGACCCCGUCUGAUCACCCUGAGCUGUCGGCUCUAUCUGCAGCCAAAACCGAAGAAGAACCAACGACUGUCGCAAAUGAUCCAGCGCCAGAGCGUCCGUCAAGAUCAGCAACGUCAACCUCUCCGUUGGCAUCCUCUUUUUCCGAACAAAAGCCGACCAGGCAUAAGUCUCCUCCUAUGGACACCAGCCUGUCAGAUAUUUUCUGGACUGACUCGGAAAUCACUGGUCACAAUCCAGAUGAUCCCAAUGACGAUGGCUAUGGCAUUAACGGAAUCGGCUUCCGCCCUACCCCAGCAAUGGCCUGGUCGAGGUCACAGAAACGCAAGCAACAGCUCGCUGAGCUUAAGAACCGUGAGGCCCGCGAAGCAAGACAACAGAGAAGUGAGAGGAGAAAACGUCCCUAUAAUGAGAGUGACGACAUAAACGCCAUCGAAUUAUCGCCGCGAAAGAAUGCCCGCGUCCAUUUCGAGCACGGCUGA